ACACAGUUACACACAACUUUCAGAAAACAAUGGGAUCUUCAGCAGCUGUUUGAGCAUUAGAUAAUAAAUCUUACAGCCAUUGCCUAUAUACGCGUUAAAGAAUCACACAAUCUCAUAUUCUUGUCGGUGGCCCAAAAUAUCACUGUAUAUAAUCUCUCCUCUCCAACACAAAAUCAAGAAACAAAUCUGGACCCCAUUUCUCUCCUCAAAUCUAGAUCUCCCUCGUUUCUCUCUGAGAAUUGAAUCUUUUUUACUACCCACAUUCUACAAGAAUUGAAUCUUUUUGACUACCCACAUUCUAAAAGGUGAAAUCUUGAAACCCCAGAUUGGAAUUAUGGCUGUUAGUAAUGGUAAUGGCGGUGAUGCUAAGGCAUUCAAGUUCUUUGUGGGUUAUGAUCCCCGUGAGGAUCUUGCUUUUCAAGUUUGUAAAUUUUCUAUUAAGAAGAGGUCUUCGAUUCCUGUUGAGGUUAUUCCUAUUAAGCAAUGUGAAUUGAGAGAAAAGGGUUUGUAUACACGUGAAAGAGGGAAGCUUGAGAGUACUGAAUUCUCAUUUACCAGGUUUUUGACACCUUGUUUGGCUAAUUAUCAAGGUUGGGCUGUUUUUGUGGAUUGCGAUUUCUUGUAUUUAGGGGAUGUUAAGGAGUUAUUUGAUUUGAUUGAUGAUAAGUAUGCUGUAAUGUGUGUUCAACAUGAUUAUUCACCUAAGGAAACUACUAAGAUGGAUGGGGCUGUGCAAACUGUUUAUCCGAGGAAGAAUUGGUCUUCAAUGGUUCUGUAUAAUUGUGGACAUCCUAAGAAUAAGGUUUUGACUCCUGAGAUUGUGAACAAGGAGUCGGGUGCGUUUUUGCAUAGGUUUCAGUGGCUUGAGGAUCAUGAGAUUGGAUCGGUUCCGUUUGUUUGGAAUUUUCUUGUGGGGCAUAACAAGGUUGUUGAGAAUGAUAAGAGUACUUAUCCUAAGGCUAUACAUUAUACACUUGGAGGGCCUUGGUUUGAUGCUUAUAAGGACUGCGAAUUUGGGGAUCUGUGGUUGAAGGAGGCAGAAGAGUAUAAGAAGGCAGCAGAGAAGAAUGCAGUCUAGGCAUUGUUUGGGUCUAUUUGAUUCUAUUUUUCCGCUCUUAUUGGCUUAAAGGUAGCUUCAUAUAUAACCUCAGAUCUUUCCCAUUGUUGGAUGCUUGUCUGCAUUUACCAGUUAUAUAGUUGAUAGGGAUGCAAAUGCUUUGUAAUUCUCAAAAUAUCUGAUUGCCUAUGUCUAUAUUGAUUUGUAAUAUAAUAUAUAUUUGAUUUUUCAUUAA